CCGGAGCCGGCCUCCAAGCUUCCCCCGCCCCUGGGCUGUUUGAAUAUGCUAAUAAGAAGCUAGGGACCAGCCAAUAGAACAGUGGGGCGGUGCAUCACGUGGCUCGAGGACGUGUCAGAAGGCGGAGCUUCUGCAGCCCCUGCCCGAGUUAAAACCGGAGUGUGAGAGAGAAAAGCGCUUCAGUAGCGAGAGGGGCUGAGAAAGUGGUGACACCGCCGGGGUGCGGAGGGAGUCCCUGAAACUUCUCCCAACAGCCCCAGGGCCAAUCUCCCCUCAGCCCACUCCCCUCGUCGCCAGCUCCCAGGUCCCCACUCCCUGCACCGGGGGUGGGGUAGGGAGCCAGGCCCGUCUCCCGCUGGGACACACACAGGGGCCGGGAGCGGGGACGGGACCCCCGAGGCGGGGGGGACGCACCGACAGACAGACGGCCGGGCGCCCGCCCCUGCGGGCAGGCAGGCAGGAGGAGGCGGAGGCGGGGGUACGAAGGGGAGGACUGGGUCUGGGGAGUUUCCUCUCAACUAUCGGGGGAGAAACUCCCCGCAGCCGGAGGAAAGACCCAGACGGUGUUUUCCUCCCGGGGGCCGCGCUCCCCCGCCCCGCGUAGCGGCGGUCGCCGCCGCCGCCACCGGCGCCUCCACCUCUAUCAUCUCUUUCUCCACCACCUCGGGCCCCGGUGUCCCCGGCCAGCACUAUGCCCAUCUUACUGUUCCUGAUAGACACGUCUGCCUCUAUGAACCAGCGCAGCCAUCUGGGCACCACCUACCUGGACACGGCCAAAGGCGCGGUAGAGACCUUCAUGAAGCUCCGUGCCCGGGACCCUGCCAGCAGAGGAGACAGGUAUAUGCUGGUCACUUUCGAAGAGCCGCCCUAUGCUAUCAAGGCCGGAUGGAAAGAAAACCAUGCAACGUUUAUGAAUGAACUGAAAAACCUUCAGGCUGAAGGACUUACGACUCUUGGCCAAUCCCUAAGGACAGCUUUUGAUUUAUUAAAUUUAAAUAGAUUAGUAACUGGCAUAGACAACUAUGGGCAGGGAAGAAACCCUUUUUUUUUGGAGCCAGCAAUAAUUAUUACAAUUACUGAUGGGAGCAAGUUGACUACUACCAGUGGAGUCCAGGAUGAGAUACUCCAGGCGUUGGAGGCUUGGCACAGAAAAAAAUCCUAUACCCCUUCUUGCCUUCUCCCUCAAACUGGUGGGGUAGGCAGCCAGCUCCAUUUACCUCUUAAUUCUCCUUUGCCUGGAAGUGAAUUGACCAAGGAACCUUUUCGUUGGGAUCAGAGACUCUUUGCAUUAGUGUUGCGGUUGCCUGGCACGAUGUCAGUAGAAUCAGAACAGUUGACAGGUGUCCCUUUAGAUGACUCUGCAAUUACACCAAUGUGUGAAGUGACAGGCGGCCGCUCAUACUCUGUAUGUUCUCCAAGGAUGCUUAAUCAGUGUCUGGAGUCCUUGGUGCAGAAAGUACAAAGUGGGGUAGUAAUAAACUUUGAAAAAGCAGGACCAGAUCCUUCCCCUGUAGAAGAUGGGCAGCCAGAUAUAUCAAGGCCUUUUGGAUCCCAGCCUUGGCAUAGUUGUCACAAACUCAUAUAUGUCAGACCAAAUCCUAAAACUGGGGUUCCUAUAGGUCAUUGGCCUGUUCCAGAAUCUUUUUGGCCAGAUCAGAAUUCUCCAACACUACCACCUCGUACAUCUCAUCCUGUAGUGAAGUUUUCCUGUACAGACUGUGAACCAAUGGUUAUUGACAAAUUGCCUUUUGACAAAUAUGAAUUGGAACCUUCACCGCUGACUCAGUUUAUCCUGGAAAGAAAAUCUCCUCAAACGUGUUGGCAGGUAUAUGUGAGCAAUAGCGCAAAAUACAGUGAACUUGGCCAUCCCUUUGGUUACUUGAAAGCCAGUACAGCACUGAACUGUGUCAACUUAUUUGUGAUGCCUUAUAAUUACCCAGUCCUCCUUCCCCUUUUAGAUGACUUGUUUAAAGUGCAUAAAGCAAAACCGACAUUGAAAUGGAGACAGUCAUUUGAAAGUUAUUUGAAGACAAUGCCUCCCUACUAUCUUGGGCCUUUGAAGAAAGCUGUUAGAAUGAUGGGAGCACCUAACCUAAUAGCAGACAGUAUGGAAUAUGGACUUAGUUACAGUGUCAUUUCAUACCUCAAAAAACUGAGUCAGCAGGCCAAAAUAGAAUCUGAUCGAGUCAUCGGUUCUGUAGGCAAAAAAGUAGUACAGGAAACUGGAAUUAAAGUCCGAAGCCGAUCACAUGGUUUAUCAAUGGCUUAUAGGAAAGAUUUUCAACAGCUGCUCCAGGGAAUUUCAGAGGAUGUUCCUCACAGACUGCUAGACCUUAAUAUGAAAGAAUACACUGGGUUCCAAGUUGCUUUGCUUAAUAAGGAUUUGAAACCACAGACAUUUAGAAAUGCAUAUGACAUACCAAGACGGAAUCUUCUGGAUCACUUAACAAGAAUGAGAUCUAAUCUUUUGAAGAGCACCCGUAGAUUUCUUAAAGGACAGGAUGAAGAUCAAGUGCACAGUGUUCCUAUAGCACAAAUGGGGAAUUACCAGGAAUACCUCAAGCAAGUACCUUCUCCACUAAGAGAACUUGAUCCUGAUCAGCCUCGAAGGUUGCAUACAUUUGGCAACCCCUUUAAGCUGGAUAAAAAGGGAAUGAUGAUAGAUGAGGCAGAUGAAUUUGUGGCUGGACCUCAGAAUAAACAUAAACGACCUGGAGAACCAAAUAUGCAAGGCAUCCCUAAAAGACGCCGCUGUAUGUCUCCACUACUGAGAGGCAGACAGCAGAAUCCCGUUGUGAACAAUCAUAUUGGAGGAAAAGGGCCACCUGUACCUAUGACUCAAGCACAGCCAGAUCUUAUUAAACCCCUUCCUCUUCAUAAAGUUUCAGAAGCCACUAAUGAUUCGACAAUAGAUGAUGUAGUUGAAAAUCAUGUUGCAGACCAACUUUCUUCAGAUAUCACACCAAAUGCAAUGGAUACUGAAUUUUCAACGUCUUCUCCAGCCAAUUUAUUGGAACGACCAGCCAAUCAUACAGAGGGUCUUGGUCAUGACCAUUUAGGAACUAAUGACCUCACUGUUGGUGGAUUUUUAGAAAAUCAUGAGGAGCCCAGAGAUAAAGAACAAUGUCCUGAAGAGAAUAUACCAGCAUCCUCACUCAACAAAGGAAAGAAACUAAUGCAUUGCAGAAGCCAUGAAGAGGUCAACACUGAACUAAAAGCACAAAUAAUGAAAGAGAUCCGAAAGCCAGGAAGAAAAUAUGAAAGAAUCUUCACUUUACUGAAGCAUGUGCAAGGCAGUUUACAAACAAGACUAAUAUUUUUACAAAAUGUCAUUAAAGAAGCAUCAAGGUUUAAAAAACGAAUGCUAAUAGAACAACUGGAGAACUUCUUGGAUGAAAUUCAUCGAAGAGCCAAUCAGAUCAACCACAUUAACAGCAAUUAAAAGAAAACAGAAUGUGGCCACUUAUUUCACUACCUUCUCCAAAUACAAAGUAAAUACAAGACUGUUGUGAUCUUGCAUUCAUUUUUUGACAUGCAUUGUUGGCUUUUUGAAAUACUAAGAGCAAGUCUACAGAUCCUUUUUCCAUCAUUUUACAGUGACCUUUUCUUCAUUUUGGUUUAUUUUUGUAAUGUGAAAAGUAUCACUCUAAAAAACAUUUUUAUUUAACAAACUAAAAAUACUCCUCCAAAUCUCUUGCUUGUCAUUGACUCUUGCGUGUCAAUUUCCCUCAGGUUCUAUUUUCUUAAACCAACCUUUAAAACUGUCACCUCUGUUAAGGUUGAACUUUGCCAAAAAAAUAAAAAAGAAGUUACUUUGUAAUUUUUGGGGAAAAAGCACAUACAUUAAAACUAGGCAAUGUUUUGUAUAUACAGUUAUUUUGGAUAUAUUAUUGUAAGUUGUACAAAUGUAUUUUGAAGAAUAUUUAAGAAAAGCACUUUUGUUAUUCCAUCAAUAAAUGCUCUAUUUUACUCUUGUGUGGUUUAGGAAAUAAUCACAUUUAAAGUAAUCAUUUACAACCAUCUUAAGAUAAUGGAAUUUUAAAGGCCUUGCUUUUUAGCAUUGGAAAAAUACACCACUUGAAGUUCACAUUUGUUAAACUUAACUGUAAUUACAUGUUGCUUAACUUGCAUUGUCUUUUUCCUCUAUGUUCUUAGCUUUUGUUGGCCACUCCAACUACUCCAUUUCUGCCUAGAUAAUGUAUCUGCAGCAGGCAGAUAGGCAGACGGUUUAAAAGCUGUUUGAAAAGCAGACGCCUUUGGACUUUAUUGGUUUCCUUACAUACUUUCCUUCAGCUACUUUUUCCUUUCUCACUAGGACUGUGGAUGGCACCAGAGAGAAGCUGUGAGUUAGGGAGCUUCAAGUGUAGGGUCCACUGAAUACUCUGAACUGUCCAGCAUUUAGCAGCUGGAGGCUGUGCUUACAGCAGUCCCACAACAGACUGGGGCUUCCAAGGGGAUCCCUUUGUUCUUCUCUGCUAUUCUCUCACUUCGAUUUGUCGUUUAUUUAAAAGUUAAAUGAAAAAGAAACACGUUCUCCCUGAGUUACCCAGCGUAAGGAAAACCGAACGCUAGUCACUGUCCAUUCUCAGUCCAAGAUGGCCUCCUGUGUCCUUACUGAGGAUGUGACCCUGUGGCCUGACUCACCAUUCAUAGAUCACUUCUGUGCCUUGUAGUGCUUUGGGGAUAACCAGUAGAAAAGAAGGUUAAAGUACAUUUAGAUGAAGAGAGAGCAAAAUAAAUUUAUAAAAUUAUAGUAAAAGUGAAGUAUUUUUAGGUUCAUGAUAUUUGAAAGUCACAUACCCUUACCUUUUUAUACUUUAGCAGAACAUUUUUAAAAUUGCAAGGGUAUAGCCAAAUGAAAUGCAACUUUUUAUGAAGAAAGCAUAGAUGAAAGUGGAGAACACGCCUGAGAUCUGCUAGUUUAGGGGAUCGGAAACUCUCCCAAUACUGAAGACAAAUUCUGUCAAGAAAAAAAAGCGUUUCAUGUAACAUUGUAUAGUAUUUUCAUAUGCAGUUCUUUAAACAUUUUUUAACCUGUACAAAAUACAUUUAAGCAGGAUACUGUUUAGUAAAUGGAACCGUUAAGGUAAUUAAUCACCUGCAGUCACAUAGCUAAAUUCAACAAGAGAUACACGACAUCCAGAAUGAAUUGUUUUAAAUUAUGUAUGUUUAGAUUCUGAGAUUAACAGGGGAUUAUAAAUCAUUCAGGUAAAAGUUAAUAAGAAUAUUUAGGAAAGGGACUCAAUCUUUUCCAAUAUUUGGCAAUAUUUCCUUAUCAGAAAGUUUUUAUUUCUAUUUCACAGGUUGCUCGUGAGGUAAUAAUCCUUUUAGACCCUUGACCUUUAAUGCAUUUUGGGGUAUGAACCCUAGAGGGAGUUGGAAAGAAGCCGUUUGUUCAGUCCCUUCUUGUCCUCCGUCUCUCUGCCAUGAGACUCCAUGCCUUCAUCCCCAAACCGAGUCACAACUUGUGAAACACAUCAGAGUUCAAGCUUAAUAUCCCAUCUCUCACAGGAUAUUUCUAACGUUUUAAGAAACUGGGCAUAUUAGUUAAAGAAGUGAAAUACUUACUGCAGAAUUCCUGUAAGCAGAGAGGCGGCGGCGUACAUUUGAGGGGACUAGCCUGUCUUUUAGGCCCUUCAGAUCACUGGGUGACUGUAAAGCUGGACGACGGGGGUUCUCCCAACAGUUUAAUCUUGAGGUUAAGAUCAUUUUUUGGUAACGUUCUCGUAUGUGUCCCAUUUGUAAACUGAUUUGAGUCAUUUGCCCUUAUCAUUAAGCUCUGUCAAUUUGGUGACCUGAAGGCUGACUCACCCUGGCUCUUCAUCACCAGAAGAACAGCCACUAUGCCUGGUGUGAUGUGGGGCAAGUGAACCUCCCAGCAAGAGGUCCACAGAUUCACAGUGAUUACGUUUAGAUGUGCGGCGGAUGAUGGAACUGGGGUUGGGGUCUAUUUUCCUUCUGUUCACUAAGGCGGUUCUGAAGACUCUUAUCACAGAAGUCGUGUUUGUCCUUUACUAGACAGUUGAGAGAUUUUACAACAUUUUUAUGCAGUUAAAUUCCAAAAGGGAAACUGUUCUUGUAACUGUCAUCAACCUUUACUGGCUAUCAGCUUUUGACAGUGACCUUUCUGUUCAAGUUUAGUCCUGUUCUUUGUUUCUUGAGGGAGGAGAACCUGCCAUUUUUUCAUCUUUCGUUUUUUGACCUGUGCCCUUUUUUUAAGAGAGGGCUCUCUGUUGCCUGUUCUGAGUGAUAAGUGACAUUUUCAUCUAAUAACUGUGGGGUUGGGAUGAUCAUGGUGAAAUACUAGGAGGAUAUCUUCUGUUGAUGGACUUUUUCUUCCCAGAUAAUCUCAAAAUAGAUUGUUUCCUAGUGAAUGAUGAUCUUCAUCCUUUUUGUCACAAGUGUUCCUUUGAUUUCUAGCUCAAGUUACAGCAGUAUGCAAAUGAUUCUCAGAUAAAAUGAUGUUGACAGUAUUUCCUUAACAAUUUGUGUAAAACCUAUGCGUAAUUUUCAUUAUUCUAACUUUUGACUUUUUUUUUCUCUCCAUAAAUAAAAAUAAUGCCUGAUGUUUAGUUAAA